AUCAAUAUUCAAUCCUUGUCAAAAACACAUCAGGCCUUUGCUAAAUAAUUUCUUGUAAAUGUAUCUUCGGCAUUGGAGGUGGGGAGAAGCCCCAUCAGGUUCUCGAGUUUUAUAAGAGCAACUUUACAAAAUAGAGACAUUGCGUUACCACACAGACCGAAGAGCCGUGUGAUUUGUGCAUCAAUUUUUGUUCAAACAUGAGGUUUAUUGUGCUAUGUUUGUGUUUGAUUGUGAAUAGCCUAUCUGCCCUCACUGAAGAAACGAAUGAAAAUGAUGAUGACAGCGUAGUUAUCGAAAUAACAGGCCUCGCAUCAUCUGCGGACCGAAGUGGCCGGCAGAUUUAUUUCAGAACGCCGACCAUACCAGUAUACAAUCCUUUUUUUGCAUCACAAGGAUGGAGUGCAGUGAACCCCAAUGCCCUGAACCUGGCCACCACGGUUUCCCCAACAGGUUCCUGCUUCACUGCAAAGGGACUACCAGGAAAAUGUACCUCUUUCAGACACUGCUACCCUUAUUUCAAGAUUCCCGAAUUUGGAAAUUAUGAAAGUUGGGUCUUGGGAAUGUACGACACUUGUAGCUAUUAUACCACACAGGGAAGGCAGAUGUUCGGAGUAUGCUGCACGAAUCCAAACCCCACCAAACCAUCAGACUCCUCUAAUCCAGCAACCACUCAAGAACCACUCAUAGAACCUGCAGACCCAGUCAUCGAAGCAAACUCAAGUCCUACGAACGAAAGUUUCAAAAACCCCUACUACCCAUUCAUCAAUAACUGGCCUCCAGCAUUACCCACUCACUCCCCAGACAACACCAUCCCUCCACUACCCACGCACCCUCCUUCUCCUGGAUACCCUCCUACCAUCCCUCCGACUGCUUGGCCUCCAACCUCCAAGCCUGUGGCGCCAGUCAAGCCUGUGAAGCCUGUGACAACGAGGCCCACCAAUAAGCCUAUUACCAAUAAGCCUGUUACCAGUAAGCCUACGACCAGUGCUCCUAGUGGGGCUGCUAGUGCGUCCUGUGGGGCUAAAAAUGGGUUCCCUGACCAGGAGAGGAUCGUUGGUGGUCAAGACGCUGAAGUGCACGAAUGGCCUUGGAUAGCAGCGCUGUUCAAUGGAGGAAGGCAGUUCUGUGGAGGGUCAUUGAUUGAUGAAAUACACAUUUUGUCUGCUGCUCACUGCGUAGCACACAUGAGCUCCUGGGAUGUAGCAAGACUGACAGUUCGAUUGGGAGAUCACAACAUCAAGAUAAAUUCUGAAGCCCGCCAUAUCGAGAAAAGAGUCAAAAGAGUUGUCAGACACAGAGGCUUCGACUCCAGAACACUGUACAACGACAUUGCCAUACUGACCCUUGACAGUCCAGUCGACUUCAGCAAACACGUCAGACCUUUGUGUUUACCUACAGGGUCCUCAGACUUCUCAGGACGCACUGCUACGGUCAUAGGAUGGGGUAGCCUGCGAGAAAGUGGUCCACAGCCUGCUGUUUUGCAGGAGGUCAAUAUACCGAUUUGGAAUAACAGAGAAUGUGGAAGGAAAUAUGGUGGUGCAGCUCCUGGAGGCAUUGUUGAACAUAUGUUGUGUGCUGGUCAAGCGAACAGAGAUUCUUGCAGUGGUGAUAGUGGUGGUCCGCUUAUGGUUAACAGUGGUAAAUGGAUUCAAGUUGGUAUUGUUUCAUGGGGCAUUGGAUGUGGAAAAGGUCAAUAUCCAGGAGUAUACACACGAGUGGAGAAGUUCCUACCUUGGAUCCAUAAAAAUUUGAAAUAAUCGACUCAUGUCUAUUGAAACAGAUAUGCCAUUAGAAAUAUUUAUUAUUUUAUAGGUUUACUAAGAAAAAAACGAAACAUAUGGUGUUAUUUUCUUAUUUUACACCGAACCUAGAUUGUG